AUGUCUACCAACGAAGAUAAAAAGACAUCCCUCGAACACGUCCACCUCCCUCGCAUCUCUAUCAAAUUCUGCACCCAGUGCCGAUGGAUGCUCCGCGCCGCCUACUUCGCCCAAGAACUCCUCUCAACAUUCAGUACAGACCUAGGCGAAGUCGCGCUUGUCCCUAUGACCGGGGGUGUUUUCACCGUGACGAUUUGGCAUGGCGUGACAUCUGAUGAUGGGACCGUUACCACCCAGGAGAAUAUUCUUUGGGAUCGGAAGAGGGAUGGGGGUUUCCCUGAGGUUAAAGCGCUUAAAUCUCUUGUACGCAAUGUUAUUGCUCCUGAGCGGGAUUUGGGACAUACGGAUCGGGCUUUGAAGGCGCAGCAGAGUGGACAGAAGGAGAAGAUGAAGGAGGAAGAAGGGAAGGAGCAGGAGGAUAAGGAAGACAAGGAUACUAAGGCUUGUGAGGAUUGCCAAUAG